AUGGACCCCGAUUUAGCAGACGAAUGGCUGUUUGAGUCCAUGAAAAGCUAUGAGAGUUUAUAUAUGUAUGAUUUACAACAACCUGUAAUCACAGGAGACUGGGUCUCACAACAAGGUUUAUGUGUGUGUAUAUCUGAUGGAAAGAAACAUGAAGUUUUAGAGUUAUCUCUCCCUGAUAAACUUUUAUCACAUCAAAACAAUGAGGGUUUGCUUAAAGAUAGAGAUUUUAGAGUAGAAACUGGUGGAUUUUUAGAUUUUGAAAUAGUUCAAAUCUGUCAUAUUAACAAUACAAGGAGUAUGGUAACAUCUAUUAAAGAUAAAAAUAGUAUCAAAGUUUUACAAGUUGGUGGAACAGCGUCGAAUCUGAUUAGUUCGAAGUUGACUAUUCACAACAACCAACCCUCAAAUGACUCAGCAGUUUUUGGACUAUUAUCUGGCAGCCAUGUUGUUUUUGGUAGUAAAAUGUCUGAUUUAACCAUGGCUGACAUUGAAACUGGAUCUAAAAUUGCAACAAUUACAGGGGACAGAACUCCAGAUAAAAAUAUCAGUGCCGUCUGCCCUAUGGAUAAAAACUUGUCUUUAGUCUGCGAAAAGGCCACUGGCAAUGUACAUACCUUGGACUCGAGAGACAAAAAUUUGACUCUGAAUUUUGAACAAGAGAAAAAUUCCUCGCUUAAAAUUACAAAUUCAAAUCAAAAGGAUAGUGAAGCUCAUUGGACAAUGUACUCAUCAUGUGACCAAAACAAACUUUAUCAAUUAUCCAAUCAGGGCGAACUGAGAUUUUUGGAUCGAAGAAAUUUAUCGAAAGCAGUCACGUCUAAAACUGAUUUAAAAUCUAGCUCAGAGUCCAUUGGACUGAAGUGUUCUCCCUGUGGUAGCUAUCUAUCUGUCUCAGGUUUUGAUGGAAAUGUGCAUCUUUUCUCGACAUUAAAGUUGGAAAGUGAAAGUAAAGUUGAUACUAUAUUUAGACAUGAAGGUCAUGUGGCUAAUACUGACCAAUCAGAAUUGAGGACUACAGUUAAUCUGUGGCAUUCUAACCAAUCAGAUUUAGUUUUAUCUGGAGCUAUGGAUGGGUCUUUGCAUGCUUGGAGACCAGUGCUUGGUUGAACAUCAUCCUGAAGUUUAACAAACCAACUCGAAAGCAGUAGCCGCGGCAUCAGAAACUUUUCAUUGAUAUACUUUUAAAAUCUUGAAACGAAAUAAACCUCUGAACUCCAACAGAUAAAAGUGGACACCAAAGGUCAGAGUUGAAAGUUAAAGGUCAAAAUAAGGUAUGAAGUUCUUUAGGAAAUUUUAUUUCCAAUUGAAAAUAUCAGUACAUAAUGAACUAUGUAUAACAAAAUAAAACACUAAAAAAUUCAUUACUGAAUAGUUGGUUAUUUUUAAUAUCUGUUUAAUGAACUCUUUCAUCACCAGCGCCGCUCUACUGGCCAAAUAAAAUUAAGAUAUCAAAUACGAGCAUCUGGUAAAGUGGCCAUUUUAAAGUGACAUUAACAUCAUACGCUUCAAGCCGUAUUGUUGAUAGUUCAGGGUAUAAUGCCAUUUUCUUUUAAUUCGCACUCAGGGUCUCCAAGUUCAAAGGGUUAACAUGAUUAGCAUUUAAAGUAGGGCUCUUAAUUUGGCUCUAUUUGCCAGACUAUAUUUUAGUUGAGAUGUAAUAUUUAACUUGUGAAGAUGUGUUAGAUAUAAAAGUGCAUAACAUAAUAAGUGAAGAAAAUACAAAGGUUUUAAGGUUUGAGAGGCAUCUAAACUUAAUAAUCUUAACAUCUCUGAUUGGUUGAUAUAUUAAGUUCAACAAUAUUGACCAAUAAGAAGCAAGGUACUGGAAGCAUUUUAAAUAAGUAAUUAUAAGCUUAGUGUGAUGAAACUAAAUUUGGCCAGAAGCUUAAGACAUCACUCAACAUCAAGUUUCAGCUUUCAGACUUUGAUCUUAGAGCUCAUAACAAAAUGAAAAAUUGCAGUAAAAAAUGAAAAUUAUGACAAAAUG